AUGGCUUCUAGCCCUCCUUGUCGCCUACCUCAUGCUCGUCUUGAUCUUUUAGGUGACCUCUUGCCGGCCGAUGGCCUAAUCAUCCAGAGCAACGAUCUCAAAGUGGACGAGAGCUCUCUGACAGGUGAAGCGGACCACGUGAAGAAGGGUGAACAUAUCGACCCCGUACUCCUCUCCGGUGCGUUACAAACACUUUUAUUUUAA